AUGCGUCGGGUCGGGGCGGGGUUUCUCCCCCUGGCCCUGCGCACCGCCCGGCGCGGGGUGGGGAAUAUCAACGGGCGAAACCACCCGACCCACCGCAUGCAAGGCAAACUGAAGGUCAAGCAGGGCCCCUCCCACGCCGUCCCGCGGAAUAUCCCGGGCACCACGAAGGUCACCUACACCAACCGCCGAGGCCGGGCCUUUCAGUUCAACAUUCCCAUCUCGCGGAUUCUCCACCCGCAGGCCCGGCGGAGCUCCCCCGCCGCCAAGGGCUGGGUGGAGUUGGAGACGGGCUUUAGCGAUACCGGCGACCUCGCGGACGAGAUGCCGACGGCCGUCGACGACUGCCUGAAUCGGCAUACCCUCCCCGAUUCCUCCACAGGGGCGUGGGUCGUCGGGGUCGACGCGGCGGGCCUGCGCGAGCUCCUCGCGGCGUUUAUUCGCCUUUGUAAGGACUACGUCUUGAUGGACACGAGCGGGAUGAAAACCUCCCUCACCUACCGCGAGCUCAACACCGGGCCGGAUUACCAGAUGUACGACCGGAAGCUCAUGCGCAAGCGCUAUUGGUUGGCCAUCCGCCGCGCCUACGAAGACGUCCGCGAGCUUCUUUGGCCUUCCGCCGUCCUGACCGCGGCCGGGGAAUUAAAAGAGGCCGAGGACGAGGCCCCUUUGCUUUCCCCCGACGAAAUGUUGGACGGGCUCGUCUGGAUCGAGGCCGCGUCGACCUUCUGCGUGCGGAAACGCCAGCCCUACGACGUGGCCGGCGAGGAGGCGUUUUUGCCCAUCGCCCUGACCCGCGAACUGCGGGUUUUGGCGCGAUCGGUGCAACUGGGCCAACCUGGCUUUUUUACGCCGAAUGCCCAGGCCCAUCGAGGGGAUGGAAAAUCCGAUCCGGAGGCGCCUUUCGAAGGCCCGACGUCGGGGGGGCCCGCUCAAGGGACGCCGGAUCGCUUUAUUUCGUGCGCGGCGCUCUGUGCGAACCACGGGGUUCCCUUUGAAAGCUUUUUUGUCGAGACUGCCCGGGAUGCCUCCUUAUCGCUCUCCGAGGCUCACCGUGCGUUUCGCGCGAUGCUUUUAACGCUGCCGACGCUCCACACGCCCGCGGAUGCGAUUCGUGUGUUGAGCAUUUUACUCACAAUCGGGGAGGAGGAGACGUGUUAUGGCUUUUCCAGACUUUCCGAGGUCGAGGACGGCCCCCCUGAGGUCACGCUCGACGAGGGGGUUCUCGGAGGGCUCGCGCGUUUGUGCGAUUCGCGGGUCUUUGGCGAUCAAGACUCCGUGAAGAACUUCAGUGCGACGGAGCUAUGUUUGAUGUUGGACUUUAUCGUACGCGUGCGGGAGCAGAAUCAGUCCUUCUUUCGUGCGGAGCUGCGUGAUGAGGGGGUGCGGCAUCAACGGUCCUGUCUUUUGCACUUUUCCACGCUGGUGCUGUACCAAUGCCAGCGUCUUCUCUACCGUCUUGACGGCCCGCAGACGUCCGUGAUGAGUUGGGAUGGCGAGAACAUCCCCCUUAUUGCGCAUCAACACGUCUCCGAGAAGACUCAUCCGAUGGCGUAUGUGCAUUAUAAGAUUGGAAUUCGGCUCGCGCAGGGGCUGCGGUUUGUGCGUCUCGGGUCGAAAGGCUCCGCGGUGAUGGUUGAGCUGCUGGAUCGUCUGGAGGCCGCGGGGGACUCGGAAGGCGGAGGGGGGGUUCUGGUCGGGGAUUUGGUUCAGCACAUCGCGCAAAAGGUCGCCAUGAGUAAGGAUCGCCUGAGUUUGAAGGACAUCCUCCGCGUCCUACCGCUUUUGGCGAAGAUGAUGCGGUCGUCCUCGGUCGAGGACGUUCAUAGGCGCUACGAUCGCCUGUUCUCGGCCGCGAGCACGAUUAUCGGGGCGGAGCUGCGGUAUGAGCAGCCGGCCGCCGAGGUGGUGGCGCUGUUGGAGGGCCUUGCGAUGUGCGGCUUCCUCCCUCGGAGCUUUCCACAGCUCGAGAUGGCUUUACUGCGGAUGAUGAUGAUGGGGAGGGGGGCGGAAUUCGGCGUGCCCCGCACGACGCGCGUUCUCCACGCCCUCCUGCGGCUCCUCGGCGGCCGGGCCGUCUCCCCGUCCAUCCUCCAGGCCGCCGCCGCCCUGGCGGAGGGCCGGCCAACGCUAAUGGCGGGGGAAAGCGAAGAAAACGAGGGGAAUGACGAGGGCGAGGUUCUGGAGCUCCUCUACGCCCUCCACCGAUGCCAUUACGACGGCUUUCCAGGGCUGGUGGGGCGUCUUCUCGCCCCGGGCGCGCCCUUCGCACGGGGGCGGGAGGAAAAGGCGUGGCCGUCGGCCUGGCGAUGCGCCGCGGGCGUCCUGCAGGCCCUCGCCGGGGCGGCCGAGGAGAAAAACGAGGAGAGCCGCGCGGCGCUUUGCGGGGAGGCCCGGCGUGCGCUCCGUGAGGCCCUUGAGGACGGCAGCGGGGAGGAUUGGGGCGGGGACCUUCUCGCCGGCCUGACGACGGCCUGGGCCGCGCUCGGGGAAACGCAGCCGGCGGCCUCCCUCCGCGCGGGGGCAGCUCGCUGCCAACAGCUCCACUCCCUUUGUACCCCCCUCCUCGCCAUCGGCGUGGUGGAAAGUCUCGAGGCCUUGGGGCUUGUGGGAACGCCGAUGUACGCGACCUACCUUAGCUAUCUCGCGCGUCGGAUGGGGCAGCUUCGGGCGACGCCCCCUCCGCGGCUUCUCGUCGAUGAUGGGGAGGUCGCGGUGCGGGUGCUUUAUUUGUCAAACGCCUCCUCGGCGAUCAUGGGCGAUGCCGUCGCCGUGUUAAAAGCAGCGAUCGAGCAGUUUCUCUCCGCGCUCGAUGACGACGCAAGCGCCCCCUCGGUGGUUGUUGACUCCUUCGAGCACCGCGGGCUUCUUAAACGAGAUGCCGAUAGGCAGUUAUACGAAAGAUUACAGCGGUAUAGCUCAGCUCUCCAACACGUCAAGGCGGACGCAGUCUGA